UUUGUUAGAUCGCUUUGCCUCUCAUCCGAGACAUUGCCGCAUGUUCAUGGGUGAAAAAAUGCCGCCACCGCCACCGCCACCGCCGCCGUCUAUAUCUCUGCACUCCAGUUUCUUUUCGUCUCUUAAGCAGGUCGAAAAACGCCUUAAAUUAGACAAUCCAUCGCAACGGGACGCUCUUCGUCCACCAUCGCCACGAAGAGCACCGUCAUUGCCAGUAGAAAUCAGUUCUUCUUCAUCGGUCGAAGAGUCCCUGAGCACUCCCAUGUACCUUCAUUUGUCCCAAACCAACACAGCCUCCUCCUUACAAGAAAGCAGCGAACCGCCUCCCGAAUUCCUUUCGAAUUCCUCAGAUCUGAAAUCAGAAUCGAAUAGUCCGAAUCUCAUCGACUGUGGCCAAAACCGGCCUGUAGAUGACAUUCAACGGCUGGUUCAACUUCUAGGGUUUGGGGAUUCGUUUGAAGAAAAGGAAUUGGGUGCUCGGAGUGGCUGUAAUGGCUGUGAGGGUUGUGAAAGCGGGUUUUACAGCAAGAUCGUUGGCCUAAAAGGCCCCAAAUGUGGAAAGGAGGUGGAGAGGCUAAAUGGAUGGAUUCAGUACUUCUGGACUGGUGGCGGUGAAGCAGAGAGAUUAGAGCCUCUUAGAUUGGCGUAUUUACUGAUGGGGAAGGCUGUUUUUGCCUCUAAUGGCGGCGAUAAUUGUUUGGAAGGAUUGGAAUUCCCUUCAACUGUAGAGGAUUUCUUGCUGAAUGAUCCUCCUGCAUAAUAAUAGGUAAUAAUCCCACUUCAUUAUCACUUUGGUUUGUGCAUAAUUCUUCUUAAUUUCACUAGCAUGAGCAGUUUAAUUGAAGCUUUGAUUUCCCUUUGUGGGUCCAUAAUGGCCAUUAUUUAGCUCUAUUUUCUCGUGAAUACAUCAGUACCUUCAUUUUCAUGUUCAUUGUUUGAAGGUAGAAAAACUUGUGAGAAAAAACUGGUCCUGAUGCCUUCAAAUCCAUCUCUAAUUCAAACAUUCAAUGAUGUGAUGAACGCUGUUGGUUCU